AUGUUCCCCAUAAUAACACCAGGUAUGGAUGCGUCGGACUCACAAGUAACAGCCAAACGCCUCAAAGAGAUCUGCGUCAGCUACAUCGAAGGCUUGAAUGCCCGCGACUUCGAUCCCAACUCACCUCGCUGGCAGGAGACUCUCGCCCCAAACUUCCGCCUCCUGGUCACGAGCGAUGCUAUGUUUGAACACCUCACCCCGAGCUUAGACGUCGCCAACGAGAACACCAAAGACCUAGACAUCACAGCCAUGUGCGAAGUCCUGCGGCAAUCCGCCGAAGAGAACCCCGGAUGGCGUUCUCGACUCAUCGACGCGGCUGUGACGGUUUAUCGCGACCAGAAGGCUGGGUUCGUCAAACAGCGGCCCAAGGCUGAUGCGGAAGUUUGGUGCAGUUGUGAACAUUCGGGGGUUCCGGAGGGAGUUGCGAGGAGUGCCAUGUGGGUUGGAUAUUUUGCUGUCUUAGAUGGGGAGUGGAGGCUUGUUGGGGCGAGACAUGUCAGUGGGAUGGGCUCGCCGGAUUUCAUUUGA